ACAGAUACAAUUCUGACGAAAAUGUCUUGCCACGACGAACCUAUCGACCUCACUGCCGACGACGACGACGAAGAGAUUCAUCUACUCGCUCCUCAGCGUUCUCUCCUCCUUAAGCAACAACCACAGCAGUCUCGAGCUUCAUUCUCCUUCAUGGACUCGCCACCAAAGUCUCCCAGUAUAUUCACAUCACAACACCAGUAUCAUCCUCCUUUCGCCGGUCCUUCAAGUUCUUCAGCUUUUUUUCCAGAUAGGCAUCAAGCACCGCGUCUUCCUCCACUUCCAUCGCUCCCAUCCCAAUCCUCGCGUUCCUCCGAUAGUGUUUCUAAAGUCAUUGAUCUCACAGGUUCAACGCCUUCGCCACCACCACCACCACUCUCUCAUGUAUCACCCUCCUUCUUAAUUCCUUACGAGGAACUUUCGCCCAGAACUCCGGUUUGCAUUGGUCAAUUACAUUCUCAGGCAUUGAUUCUUUACCCCUGUGAAUACGUUCACACUACCGAUCUUUCAUGUGAAGAAUGGGUGCCAGUCAAGUUUGAGUACGAGUACGACCCUAGCAAGCCACGCCCAGAGACGCUUCAUAUCAAGAGUUUUCCGGUUAGAAGUCCGACUGGUCAGACGAUCGAAGGAGAAAGAUUCGGAUUUGCAGAUCAGAAAACCGCAAUCACUGUUGGUGGGAUGCUUUCUAGAGGUUUGGUUAGGUUGGAGGCGAAAGUUAGAAAAGGACUUUCUUCUCAUCCCGUUCUUCCCUUGCUGAUGCUGGUGUACACACCCAAAGGGAAUGUACCGGCCGUUGGAAGCCACUUGUCCAUUAAUCAACUGAUGCUCGAUCACCCCACUCAUGCCGUCGACCUUUACAAUCUCAAGGGCAAGUAUUAUCACAAUCCUCACAAUCCUCCGCCUGGGGGAUACAAUCACGUUCCGCCUUUUUAUCGGCCUCCGCAGCGUUGGAAUGCGCCUGUUGUAGCGUCACAUAGUGUGGAGGUUCAGCGCAGUCAGCUCGAUAAUGUUUUCGAGACUAUGAAAGGUAACGAAGAUCUAGCGGAGACGAAGCCCGCCCCCGAAAUUUGUACACCACUCUACCCUCAUCAGAAAAAGGCUUUGACGUUCCUACUGGAGCGCGAACACGAGAAGGUAGACGGAGAUGUUACUUUCCCCUCCCUCUGGGAUAAACAUGUAAACCCCUUGUCUCAACAUACAACGUGGGUCCACAAGAUAACACAAAAGGAAGUUUACGAAGAACCCAAAGACGCUAAAGGGGCAAUUCUUGCAGACGAUAUGGGCCUUGGGAAAACAAUAUCCUGUAUUGCUCUCAUCGCCGCCACUAUGAACUCCGCCAGGACGUUCGCCAACUCGCCUCUGGAUAUGCUAACACCUCCUCAUGGAAUACACGGAGCUCCUGAUUCUUCUCAUUUCGAAGGCACCGUUUGGGGGAUGCCGAGUACUAUGGUUGGCCCUAUGAAUGCUAAGGAAAAGGCCAGAUCUCAAAAACUUCAGGAGAAAUACGAGUCGGCUCUGAGCAGGGUAUCACGUAUCAAGGCGAAAAGCCGGGCCACACUUAUUGUAUGCCCGCUGUCGACUAUAUCUAAUUGGGAGGACCAGUUACGCGAACAUUGGAAAGGGGAGGUGCAUGUCAUAGGUGGCGGGGCUUCUGGUUCACAAACCUCUUCUUCAGCUACAGCGUCUUCAUCUGCAACGCCACGAGCCGGUACACCGUUGGCCAAUGUCGCAUCACUCUCUGUGUCUUCGUUGAAUGGUGACACUAAAUCUUCAGUCAAAUCAUGUCGCGUCCGCGAAGGUCCACCAUUACGCGUCUACGUCUACCAUGGGAACGCUCGCAGACCGGACCCGAGCUUUCUUGCGGAUUUCGAUGUUGUCGUGACCACAUAUGCAACACUGGCCUCCGAAUACUCAAAGCAAAAUAAGAGUAUCGUUAACCACGAAGCGGAAGAGGAUGGGAACAAUAGUGCUGGUGUGGACAGCGAUGGCAUAGAAGUGGACGAGCUCGGGAAUCCUGUCGGCAAACUACCCAAAGCGAAGAAAAGGAAGAAGCCAUGUGGCCCUUGUCCGAAUGAAGCUACUAGUCCUUUGCAGAGCGUACAUUGGUUCCGCGUUGUACUCGAUGAAGCACACGCGAUCAAGGAAACAAACACGGUUGGUUGUCGAGCCUGUUGUGAUCUUAUGGCGGACCGCCGUCUGUGCCUCACCGGAACACCCGUUCAAAAUAAGCUCGACGACGUUUUCGCUCUCAUCAAAUUCCUUCGAUUGUCUCCGUUAGAUGAUAAAGUUAUUUGGACGGAAUUCGUCGGUACCCCAGUCAAGUUUGCCCACAGGGAUGGAUCACUCCGAUUACGGAUUGUCAUGCAACAUAUCACUUUACGGCGCACUAAGGAGUCGGAAAACCAGAGCGGCCAAAAGAUUCUCAAUCUCCCCCCUCGACGCGAUGAACUUCGGUAUCUUGAUUUUGAUGAACAAGAGCAGAAAAUUUAUAGCCACUUUUACAACCAGUCUAAAGCCGAAUUUGAUGAAUUGUCAAAGCAAAAUCAAGUCAUGAAGAAUUACGUUGGAAUCUUGCAACGGAUCCUCCGUCUGCGUCAAAUUUGUGAUCAUUUCGAACUAGUGGAGGGAAAAGAACUCGAUGGUCAGGUCCUGGGAUCUUCAUACGAAGAUCUUACCUCUACCAUUGAAAAGGACGGCCUGAACGAAGCACGUGCUCAUGCAAUUUUCUGGAUUCUCCGGGAGGCUGCAACUACACAGUGUGUCGAAUGCGGUGCAGAGCUCUGCGCAACGGUGGAACCAGCUCAAACAGACGGGACUGACCUGGAUACCUGCUCUGCUCCUGGCACAAAGCGACCACGGAAGUCAAGGAACUCAUCAUCUCGUGCCCCAACACGAGCCAACAGCCCAACUAGUGGGACACCAGGCACUGGUGGAGGCCACCGCGCCGUCCUGACACGUUGUCAGCACUUAUACUGCCUAUCAUGUUAUCGCAGCUGCGUAUGCAUGGGCUGGCCGAAUGUGCCUUCUGACACCGUGCGACCGUGCUCGGCAUGUCAGGCUCCGCUACACCAAAGCGACGCAUUGGAAAUCAAAUCCGAUAUAUUGUCUGGCGAUGUUGGCACAGUCGGACCCGGGGCUACGCCGAAGAAGAAGCCACGGAAACGAGAGAAGAAACCUCGGCUACCUGAUGGUUCACAUCUCUUAACGUCAACCAAAAUCAAAUCAUUACUUGUCGAUUUGAUGCAGUUCUCUAGAACGAACCCUCACUCUUGCAAUUACGAUUCCAGCUGUGUCGAGAUACAGAUGAUCGAUGAGAAAGGAAAUGAGCUUAACGAUAACAUUGUUAAGACCGUCGUUUUUUCGCAGUGGACUACUAUGCUCGAUAAAGUAGAAGAUGCGUUGGAAGUUGCAGGUAUCCGGUAUGAUCGUUUGGACGGUACGAUGAAGCGAGACGACAGAACACGGGCGAUGGAGGCCUUGAAAUACGAUCCUGGUUGCGAAGUACUUCUUGUCAGUUUGAAAGCCGGAGGUGUUGGCCUAAAUCUCACCGCGGCACAGAGGGUGUACCUCAUGGAUCCUUACUGGAAUCCCGCUGUGGAGAAUCAAGCUAUAGAUCGAAUACACCGUUUGGGACAAAACAAGCCCGUCACUACUGUCAAGCUAAUAAUAAAAGAUUCAAUUGAGCACAGGCUCCUUGACGUUCAGAAGAAAAAGAUGGAGCUUGCGAAUCUCACGCUUGGUGAAAAAGGUUUCACGAAGGCCGACCUACUCAAACACCGUAAAGCAGAAUUGGACCAUAUGUUUACUUAGAAUGUUGUGUAUUAUCUAGAUUAUUGACUUACUUUCUGAACACUGUUAUCUGUACACUGUAUGCCAUAAUAUAUAACCUUUCAUAAUGUACAUAAUUAUACUCUUCGCCCUAUAGACGACAUGCCGAGAAUCUGCAAACACA